UUCCGGACACUAACAGCUGUGAACACCGCAUCCACUGCGAUGAGUUUUGAGUGGCCCUGGCAGUAUAAUUUCCCACCGUUUUUUACACUUCAGCCCAAUGUUGACACGAGACAGAAACAGUUGGCGGCCUGGUGUUCCCUGGUUCUGUCCUACUGCCGCCACCACAAGCUCUACACCGUGGAUGUCAUGGAAGCACAGGAGAGUCCUGUGUUCAACAACAAGAAGAUAGAACGAAAACUUUCUGUGGAAGCCAUUCAAGUUGUGUUUGAGGAGUUGAGGAAAAAAGGCAACCUGGAGUGGUUGGACAAAAAUAAGUCGCGGUGUUUGGUCAUGUGGAGACGACCGGAGGAAUGGGGGAAGUUGAUAUACCAGUGGGUGUCUAAAAAUGGCAUGAACAACACGGUGUUUACACUCUAUGAGCUCUCCAACGGUGAUGACACAGAUGGUGAAGAGUUCCAUGGUUUAGAGGACUGGAUGCUGCAGCGCUCCCUGCAGGCUUUACAGGCGGAAGGAAAAGCAGAGAUCAUCACCAUGGAUGAUGGAAAAGGCGUCAAGUUUUUCUGAAGCGGUGCUGGAAUCAAACUGAACACUCCAGCCGGGAAGCAAGGCGAAUCUUUAGGAUGUGUCUGUGUGAGGUUGGAUGGGUCGCGCCUGGAUGCCCAGCCUGGCAGAUGCUGGUUCUUUAGCUCUUGUUGUAGUUGCCUUUCGAUUCACAGCCUCUCUUUCUGGAAGAGAACCAUUGUUGUUUAUGGAGGGAAAAAGAGCAUCUGAGGUAACACUGUGUUUCUAAAGUUAUCACAGGUGACAUUUGUUGCCAUUUAAACAUGCAAUGAGUAUCAGGGGACUAAACACUAUCUUGUCUUGGUAUUUUAUGGGAAUUCUCCACAAGCUGUAACUCGAUUCCUUCAUUUAGAUUUUAAAAGCAACUAGUUCGAUCUCCAUUUUCUCUGUCAACAAGUUUACUGCGUAUGAUUAGCUCUGGACGUCGGCUCGGCUGUUGUUCCUCCCUUCCCAGCUGGACUUCCCAAAGAAAUACCACAACAUGAGGCUAAAGGGACUUUUUUAUUUUAUUUCCUGAAUUAAUGCUUCCAGAGGAGGAACACUGCAGGCGCGAGGCAAUCCUAGCUCGAUCGACUUUACUUUGUAUACUGAUUGCUCUGAUCCUGUUGUUGUACUGUAGCUUCUUGUGACGCACUUGUUGUCUUUUCCUCUGUCUUUUUUCAUAUUCUUCAGGAGAAUAAAUUAAGAAU